CCCAAUUAUGAUUUAAUUAGAUGCGAAAAAAAAUCAAUAAAAUGUGCCUCUAAAACUUCGUGAGUAAAAACGAUAAGAUAAUCACUUCCCCUACCAAACACUAUCAUAAAAUUAAGAGGUUAUUUAAAAAUCUAGUUGUAACGAUGAUGUUUCAAACGUUGAAUCAAACUGGUUAGAAAACUAACGAAUUUCGCGUAGGCCAGAUAACCUCCAAAAAGGAGAUGGGCGUAAAAACGUUUUAUUACUUCGCUUUGGUGUCUUAUUAUUAUUUCGCGAUUUAUUACGAUCAAAAAUACGUCGAUUUGAGCCGAUUUGCCCCGGAAAAGUAUCGCGGAAAGGAACCUUUCGGGGGAAAAUUGAAAUAUUUAACGAUUUGGAACGUGCUUCUACAAUCGUUUUUCUUCACGAUAUGUUUUUUAAACGAACUUAUUGGAACAUCCGAUUUAAUACCACCACCAAAAAAAACGUCAUUAAUAAGAAAAUUUAAAGAUAUCCUUCUACCAUCGUUAGCGUUUCCAUUAUCGAUGUUUGUUGGUUUAACGUUUUGGGCGUUAUAUGCGAUCGACAGGGAGCUAGUUUUUCCGAAAGUGAUAGAUCCGUACUUUCCUUCGUGGCUAAAUCAUGUGAUGCACACGAAUAUCAUGAUUUUUAUCCUGAUCGAGAUGUUUACGGCGUUUAGGAAAUAUCCUUCGAGGAAAAUCGGGCUGGGGAUUUUGACCGUUUUUAUGUUAGCUUAUUUGGGGUGGAUUCACGUUAUUCAUGCGUACACGAAUUUGUGGGUUUAUCCGGUUUUGGACGUUUUGAAUUUGCCUGGUAGGGUUGGAUUCUUUUUAGGACUGUUUUGUUUGUCCUCGGGGUUGUAUCUGUUGGGGGAAAAGUUGAAUGCUAUUGUUUGGAGGAAACAACUUUCUGAAAAAUCUAAACGAAAAUGAAUAAUAAAAGUUUUUGAUACUUAA